AUGCUACAGACUGCCAGGUUCCAGUGCUCCGUCGCCGCAGUCUUGUCGCGCCUACUCAGCGAGCUCCGCAAGGUCCUCAUCAGGGCAUCCGCGUUCUCUCCGUUCAUAGCUUCCCUACCGACGUCGGCGGCGGCGUCGUCUCCACCCGCCGGCGUAAUCUCCGCUAUGACCCUCGCGUUGCGGAUGAGGAAGACGCCUGCUGCUGCCUCAGACGUCGUCUCUAUCCACGAGCAGCUGCUGCUGGUGGUGGCGCCUCCCGCCGCUGUUGCCGGUGCAGAUUCGUCCAACGACGUUGUCGGUAGUUGUGGCCAUGACGUAGCGGAGCCGGAGCAACAGGCUGAGAGCAAGAAGAAGAAGAAGAAGACAGCGUGGGCUGCGAGGAGGCGGCCCUCAAGGCUGGUUAUACCGGUGGCGGAUGUCGAUGCCGGCGAGGUGGCUGCCGGCUGGGGCGCCGCGGCUGCCGCCCCGGCGAAGGAGGCCGACGUAGAGGUGGAGGGCGAGGGGUUCAGGCUGGCCAGUAGAGCAGGACCGAGGCAUGCGAUGGAGGAUGCGUAUGCCGUGGUUACUGACAAACAUGAUGGAACUUCUGAUCUGGCAUUCUACGGUGUGUUCGAUGGACACGGCGGACGCGCGGCCGUGGACUUCGUCUCCGAGAGGCUGGGCAGGAACGUCGUCUCCGCCGUGCUGGCGGCAGCGGGGACGACGGAGAUGCACGGGGGGGCAUGGUCGUCGUCGGCAGAGACGAAGGACGUCGUCUCGGCGGCGAUCAGAGCGGCCUACCUGGACACCGACAACCAGCUCCUCGCGCAACAUCAGGGUGAAAGCGGCGGCGCAUGUGCCACAACGGCAGUGGUGAAGGGCGGCCACCUCUACGUCGCGCAUGUCGGCGACUGCCGCGCGGUGCUGAGCCGCAACGGCACCGCGGACGCGCUGACGGCGGACCACACCUGCGCCCGGGAGGACGAGCGGGCGCGCAUCGAGCGGCUGGGCGGCUACGUGAGGUGCGGCGGCAGCGGCGUGUGGCGGGUGCAGGGCAGCCUCGCCGUGUCGCGCGCGUUCGGCGACGGCGCGCUGAAGCGGUGGGUCGUCGCCGAGCCAGCGGUUGCCACGGUGGCGCUUGCCGCUGACUGCGAGUUCCUGGUCAUCGCGUCGGACGGGCUCUGGGACAAGGUCAGCAACCAGGAGGCCGUCGACGCUGUAUCCAGGAGCCGUGCGACGGCCUGCAGGGAGCUCGUGGACAUGGCGCGGCGCAGGGGGAGCAGGGACGACGUCACUGUCAUGGUCGUUGACCUCGAGAGGUUUGUACGGUAGUAGUUUCCAACGAGGCAAAGGAUAUGAUGAUGCGCUGACUGAGCACCUAUGAAUCGAGCGAAUUAGUUUGAUUUGCGAUUACAGAGGAUGAACUGAUGAGAGUUCCUUCCUCUGGACAGGUGAAGUGUACAUAUACACGAUAGAGUUUGUAACAUCCGAU